AUUAACGACAUUAAUUAAGAGCUACAUUAUAUUCCUAAUUACUUGUAAUAUGUUUAUCAUUAUAUAUUAUUUUUUUAGUUAUUGCUAAUACUGAAGAUGAUCCUGAUGAAGAACCCACUCCUCCAGCAGCACCUCAUAUUAAUAAUGACACUACUGACAGAGACAGUUUUGAUGAAAUUAUACAAAACAUACGAACUAACUGACUUUGAUUGACUCCUGAGCACAUCUGUUGUAAGGACUGGAGAUAAUGUUGUGUCCCUUGAUAAUGAAUGUGUUGCUAUUCAAGGUAAUCCUUUUGUAGUGAAAGACAAAAUGAAGAUGAAAGUGGGUAGUCCAAGAUGGCUGCUAAAAGAGGAUUCAGUGUUGGUUACCACAGACUGAGAUGAACGUAUAUAUACUCACAAUUUGACGGAUGAUCAUUUUAUUGUGUGUUACAUAUGACUAUUUGAUUAUGUGUUCACCACUUUCUGUGGUGGUUUGUGUGUUUUAUCUCACGAGUGUGUUUGAAUAAUAAUAUUGAUAGUUAAUAGUUAAUGCUAUGUCCUAGAACUGGAAUAACACUGCUUGAAUUAGCGUAGCUAAUCCAUUUGCAUACUUUUUAUAAAUGUUCGUAUAUACUGCCAUUAAAAUCAUUCUUAUAAUUGUUAUUGUUUAUCAUUUGCUCAGUUGUCAUUGUUUAUUUUUCUGAUGUUGAAAUCAUUUAUGAUAACACAAGCUACAAUGUACAUUGCUACAUUAAGUGAGUGGAGUGUGCGGGUAUGUCAGGUGAAGUAUGUAUGAUAUGUUAUUAUUGAGUUAGUUAUUAUUAAUAGUGCAGACUGUAGAGGCUGUUUUCUGCAGGAGAUGUCAUCAAUCUAUCAACCAGUAGAGAGGAGGUUUCACUCGACAGUACAGGUAGGAAACUACCUGUACACAUGGGGUGGGGACCAGCCUGGUCUCCCUAAAGUGCAUAAUAAUAAGAAAAAGAAAUCAAUGUGUUCUGUAGUGGAGGUCUGUCAUGUACCAACUGGUGAGUGGGUACAAAAGCCUACCACUGGUGACCCUCCACUUGAUGUCAGUUUCUAUGCUGCUGCUGUCAUUAGAAAUGAAAUAUUCUUUUUUGGAGGCUAUUGUAGUCAUUUUGGCUGUUUUCAUAAUAGUUUAUACAGUUUUAAUGUUGAUACCUUUGAUUGGAAGGAACUCUCUCCUACUACACCUCAUCAUGGUCCUAUGAUGAAGGGCUACUGUGGCAUGAUAGCAAUAAAAGUGAAUGGCGAGGACUAUCUUGCAGUAAUUGGAGGAUUUGGAUCAUCUUCUAACAAUAGCCCACCACAACCUGGUGCCCAGUACAGUAAAGAUGGUGAUUAUCAACGUUGCAAUGAAGUAUUUAUGUACAGAUUGAAAACUG